AUGGGAUCAGAGCAGCAGGAGACGCAGAAAAGAAUGGUUAAGAUACGGAGUUACGACGGCGUGGUUGUGGAGGUGCCGGAGGCGGUGGCGAUCCAAUCGGUGGUGAUAAAACACGUCGUCGAGGACGUCGGCGUGGAGGACCCAAUCCCGACUCCAAAUGUCGUCGGCGACGUCCUGUCGAAGGCUGCUGAUUAUUUGGAAAUUCAAGGACUGCUGGAUUUAUGCCUGGACAAGGUGGCGAGCGCGAUUACACAGAAGACUGCUGAAGUGAUUCGAAGAGACUUCAACAUCCAGAACGACUUCACCCCCGAGGAAGAGGAAGCCAUACUUCUCGUGUUCUCGACCAUUAUGGAAACAUUGAAGACUUUGCGUUGCUCCUGCAUCGGUGUUCUCUCUAGCUGGGAACUUCUGAGCAGCAGUACCUGUCAAUGA